GUAAUGAGUCCGCUAAUUAUUAAUAAUUUAUAGCCAUUUUAAUAAUUUGUAAUAAUAAAUUAUUAAAAUGGCUUCAAAUACUUCAGAAAAAUUAAAAAUUAUUGUGAAAACAUCUAAGCAUGCACAAUUAGAAGAUAUUAAAAAUGUUCCGGCAGCGGAAGAUAUGUAUCCAAAUCAAGGUUCUAAAAGGGGUGUUGUACUUGUAGUGAAUAACAUAGAAUUCGAGAACAAUGAACAUGAAAAACGUUUUGGUGCUGAUGUUGAUGCUAAAAAUUUAAAAGAAUUAUUUACUCAAAUGGGAUUUGAAUGGAUUUAUUGGGAAAAUUUAACUCGUAAGGAUAUGAGGCUUAAGUUAAGAGAAUUUACGAAUGAUUCAAAUACAUUGUUAAGCGAAGUUGAUUCAUGUUUUGUUAUUGUUAUGUCGCAUGGAGGUGAAGAUAGAAGUCCUGAAGAAACCAUUUUUUGGACUCAUGACAAUUAUAAAAUUAAAGCAUCUGAAAUUAUAGAAAGUUUCAGUAAUUCCAAUUGUGUACUAUUACAAGAUAAACCAAAAAUUAUAAUUUUUCAAGUAUGUCGAGGUGUUCUUGAAGAUAGGGCUCUUAAGAAGCAUAAUAUAGGAAAUGUAGGGGAUAAUCCACAACUAGAUAAGUCAUCUACAAAUCAGAAUUUAGGUGAAAGUGUUAAAACAAUUUCAAAUAAAUCGGAUAUGCUUAUUUGUUAUACAACUAGUCCUGGUUUUGUAAGUUUUCGUGAUCCAGAUAAAGGUGCUUGGUUUAUUCAAUGUUUUUGUAAAAUAUUUAUGAAUUACGCGUACAAUACCGAAAUUAAAAAACUUUUUGAUAUGGUUACUGAUGAAGUAAUUAAAAAACGUACAAAAGAUUUUGCUCUACAAAUGCCCUAUAUUAUAAAUGUUGGCUUUCGACAUUCGUUUUAUUUAAAUCCAAUUUCCGGGUGGAAUAUAAAUAUUAGGAUCUUUUUAAAGAAAUUAAAAAAUUUUUGCUCUCAUAUGUUUUAUUUUUUUUCAUUGGUAACGGUGACCUUUGCAAUUAUGGCUAAUCUUGAGUAGGCUUAUUAUUCUAUGUUUUAUUUUAAUUCAGAGUCCCAUAUGUGAUUAUAUACAGUUUAUGUAAAUUCAGUGUUAUAUGUUUCCAAUAUUUGUGAAAUAUUUUGUAAUAUUUGUAAAAAUAAGUUUUUUUU